CCGACCAAGCCCUAGCCCCGCCAGUUCAUGGUGGGCGGGCUGCGAGAUCUGUAGGGCUCGCCGGCGGGACGAGAUGGACGCCCAGAACGACGGCACGGGGACGCCGGUGCUGCUCAACGUGUACGAUCUCACGCCCGUCAACGAUUACCUCUACUGGCUUGGCUUCGGGGUCUUCCACUCCGGAAUCGAAGUUCAUGGCAUGGAAUAUGGAUUUGGGGCCCAUGAUUUCUCUUCCAGUGGUGUAUUUGAGGUGGAAUCAAAAUGUUGCCCUGGCUUUGUCUAUAGAAAGACGGUGUGGCUAGGCACAACUGACAUGUCUCGGGAAGAGUUCCGCUCGUUCAUUGAAAAACUAGCAGGGAAGUAUCAUGGAAACACAUACCAUUUGAUUUCAAAGAACUGCAAUCAUUUCACAGAUGAUGUCUGUAAGAACUUGACUGGAAAACCCAUCCCUGGCUGGGUGAAUCGGCUGGCCAGAGUAGGUUCGGUUUUUGACUGUCUGCUGCCAGAAAGUGUCCAGGUUUCUCCUGUUGGACGUGUCCCAACCCUUCGUCCAAUUAUUGAUGAUGAUUCGGGUUCAGUAUCUUCUUCGGACAGCGAUGAGGGUGAUGAGGACAAGCACCUGUUGCCGGCACCAUCCACUGACUUGAAUCCUGUAGAUGUGCCAUUAAAGCUAGCGAAAGAUCUUCUUUGACACGUUCCAUGUUUUUUUUGGCAAAAUUGACGUAUCAUAAUGGCAACUUCUGGAGUUAAGGGCCAUGAAGCGAUAUUUCUAGGUGGUUUGACAGGACAGAACCGGGGAGCUUGCCACUGGUACAGCUAAUUCCUGUUCAGAGUUUCGCUCUUCUAGCAGGUGUACAGAUAGGAAUUGGCCAUCUUCUCCAAAAGACAAGUCUAGUUACUUGCUGUUAACCGGUUCGUGCAGUGACUCUUCUGUAUUGUCCUCACACGAUGUUGACAUCCCUGGUAGAGGUGCAUGCUGUUAGUUUGUAUUUCGUUAAGCUAGAUGGAAUAGGCAUCUCAAACAUGAUUGCCUUGGCAAUGCUUGCCUCAGUCCGGUAAUGAAAAUCCAUGUUGUAUCCUGCUACCAUACAUCCGUAUCCAUGUACAUGGCAACCUAUUCAUAUUAUUGGUUAUCAAUUGGGCAGUUCAAAGGUGCA